UUCCUUCACUGACCUGCAGUCCCGACUCACUCUGUGGACAGUCCACUUGAAGUUAACAUCUUUUUGUUUUUAACCAAGACUCACCACUGAAUUGCUGGCAAAAUGCUGGUAUCUGCUUUCAUCACUUUGGUGGGUUUGUGUGUGAUACAUCCUUCCGCUGAACAGGACUGUCCCAGUAGAAAUGAAAUACAAGGCUCCCUGAAACAGGUCCAGAAGCUUCUGUCCGCUCAUGAAACCUCGUAUCUUCAGAGUCUACGCAACCUGAGGAAGAAACUAAACCUUCUACAGAGCAGCACCGGAAAACAUUCCUCAAAAACAAUCAACAGUACCUGCGCCAAACUGGACGCUCCGGUUAACGGGAGGAGACUGGGCAGGUCUCACAGCCCUGGACAUGAGGUUCAUUUUGUCUGCGAUCCUGGAUAUGAACUGGUGGGGUCAGAGAGCAGAGUUUGUCAGGAGAGCCUGACAUGGAGCGGCCAGCAGCCGACAUGUCGAGAGAUUAAUGAGUGUGCGUCAUCACCAUGCCUGAAUGGAGGGACAUGUUCAGACGAGGUCAACCAGUUUUCAUGCACAUGUGCCAAAGGGUGGGCUGGAGUCACAUGUCAGAGCCCUGUUCCAAAUUUCUUUGUCACCGUGAUGAACACUUCAGCCGCCGCCUCUCCUGCUGCCACUGCUGCUGCAUCAAUGCCAGCUGACACUUCUGGUCCUUUUACCCGUCCGUCACGCUGUACUAUAACUCAGGGGACCACCCACUGCACCUGCGAGCCUGGUUACACCAUCUCUGGGCGGGACAGCUACACUUGCACGGAUAUUGAUGAAUGCGAGCUUUUCCAUAACGGACAGGCUGGAAGACUUUGUUUACACUCUUGUGUGAACACCCCCGGAGGAUAUCGCUGCACCUGCCCUGUUGGGUAUAACGCAACACGUGAUGGUCGCAGUUGCAAAGAUAUUGAUGAAUGUGCCAGCAGACAAAACAACUGCACAAAAGACCAGAUGUGCAUUAACACAUACGGGGGUUUCCAGUGUGUCCGAGUCGAGUGCCCCAAAAUCCCACAUGCAACAUAUGUCAAAACAUCACCAAUGCGCUGCGAACGAAACCCAUGUCCCGUGGAUAACAGGGCUUGUACACAAGCCCCCAACUCCUUCUCCUAUCAUUACCUUGCCGUUGUCUCCAACCUGUCAGCUCCUCGUGUCAUGUUCCGAGUCUCUGCUCUGCGUCCAGUGGGUGACACGCUUCGCUUCACGAUGCUGGGUGGGAGGCAAGCUCGGCGGCACUUCACAGUUCAGCGUUCAGAUCGUCUGACUGGGCAACUGAUGCUGAUGAGCCCAGUUCAGGGCCCGGCAACUCUGGAGGCAGAGGUGGAGAUGAGUGAGCUGGAGAGAAGAGUCCAGCUGGGCCGUUACAUCACCAAAGUCACCAUGUUUGUAUCCCAGUAUGACUUUUAAAAAUGGGACAUAACAAAGGCAGCGGGGAGAAUCAGCAAAUGAUUUGAAUUACAAUGACAUGCGUCACAUGGUAACUAUCAAUAAAGUUGUUCAUCAAAAAAACGUAAACUAAUAUCUUUGCCUGUAUAUUUUUUACCUUUUUGGAAUGUGUGCAGUGAUUCAGGUGAUAAGAUAUUUUCUUUUGUGAGUUGUUGUGACAGCUGAAUUCUUCCAGUUGCUUCUUCUCUCCCAUAACUUCCUCAUCAUGUUACAUCCUCCGGUUCAGCCUUCCAUCCCCACUUGUCGAUGUUGCUAUAUAUUCAAGUCCCCUCACUACAGCGCUCUCUGUUUAGGUGGAAUCAUCCUUGAAAGAUAAAAACCCUUUCAAGUGAGUGUUGGUUGAGUGUACUCCAGUGAAAUCAAUGGCCCAAUCUCAGUGUAUAUGUGGUAUGAAGUUGUCCCAGUCUUUUGGCAACUUAGUUUUACCUCUGUACAGGAAAAGGUUCACUUUUGUGUGGAUUCAGCUACAUUACAUACUGCACUGAAACAGAAACAAGAUCUGUGCUGUUUAUCUAUCAUAUGACUGUGACUGAUAACAAAGCACAAAAUAAAUAAAUCAAAUAAAAGGAACACAAUUAAUUAAAAAACAUUAAGUACUGAUUUUUCAUGAGUUGGGAUUUCCUAACAUUCCUCCAAGGUUUUUUGUUCUUGCGUCUCAAAUGUUAAUUUUGAAGGACCUUUUUAUGAGUUUGCUUCACUGAAACAAAAACAAAACAAUUACUUUGACAAAUGGUUUGCGAAUUUGAAACUGUUAUUUGCAUAGUGGAUAAAAACAAUAUUAACCUAUUUUUUUUACUUUGUCAUGUGGGUGUAUCUGUCAUUUAAAAAAAAAAACCCCACAAAAGGCAAAACUGAAAACCACCUUUAUUGUUGCUGAACACAGUAUGUACAACAAGCCUACCGGGACACUCCUGUAAUUUGA